AGGGGUGGGAUGUUGAUGGUGGUGUAAGUCAAGUACAGACAAAGAUGUCACAUCAAAGUUCCUCCUAAAAUGUUCCAGAGGAGCUGGUGGUGGAAACAUCCAGCUGAGCUUCAAAGAAUGCACGAACUGGACUAAUAGCCAUUUGAAUAGAUGCGCUGGGCGUCAAAGAACGUCACGGUGCACAGCAGAACCACCGUCCGGGUUAUCAAAAUGACAACCAGCCUCCUGCCGUAGUGGAGCCAGAGCAAGGAGAAGCUCUCCGCGUCCAACCCGCGUGUGCUCAGGCGGAGCCGCCAGAGGGGAAGUGGCGCCGCCGCCCCAGCGUCCGUUCUCCCGCCUCUGACUCGGCAUGGGUUGCGCACCCAGCAUCCACGUCUCCCAGAGCGGCGUCAUCUACUGCCGCGACUCGGACGAGUCCAACUCUCCGCACCAGACCACCACCACCAUCUCACAGGGCACCGGCGGCGGUGGCGGCGGCGUACUGCACGGCCUCUUCAUCAAGACCGACGCGGCCGACACCAUCCCGUCCGUUAUCGCCUACCAGAGCCGCCACUCGAGCUACAACUCCCGGCGGGAGAACAGGGAGACGAGCGGCGGAGGAGGAGGAGGAUGCGGCAACAGCGGCGGCGCGCACGUCCUCAUCGAGGCCGAGACGCAGACCAGCAACACCGGCGUCAAGGUUUCUUCUGCAGAAGAAUGUGUGGGGCCAAUGAGAGUGAGCCAGGAGCCCAUACAGCAGGUCCUGCUGGUCUUUGCCAAGGAGGACAGCCAAAGCGACGCCUUGUUGUGGGCCUGUGACCGCGCCGGCUUCAGGUGCAACAUCGCUAGGACGCCCGAGUCUGCGGUGGAGUGCUUCCUGGACAAACACCACGAGAUCAUCAUCAUCGAUGGACGCCACUCGCGCUACUUUGAGCCGGAGGUUGUGUGCCGGAUGAUCCGUGCCACAAAGCCCUCAGAAAACACUGUUAUUCUCGCCAUUGUUCCACAAAGGCCAUCCGACCAGGACGAGCCUUCUGUCCUCCCUCUGCUGUGCGCUGGAUUCAGCCGAAGGUUUGUGGAGAACACCAGCGUGACGGCCUGCUACAACGAGCUGCUUCAGCUUGAGCACGGAGAAGUGCGAUGCCAGUUCAAACUCAGGGCUUGUAACGCUGUGUUCACGGCGCUGGACAACUGCCAGGAGGCCGUGGAGAUCACGAGUGAAGACCACAUCAUACAGUACGUGAACCCCGCCUUCGAGCGCAUGAUGGGCUUCCACAAGGGGGAGCUGGUCGGCAAGGAGCUGACCGAGCUGCCAAAGAGCGACAAGAACAGAGCGGACCUGUUGGACACCAUCAACACCUGCAUUCAAAAAGGAAAGGAAUGGCAGGGGAUUUACUACGCCACGAAGAAGUCGGGCGACAGCAUACAGCAACACGUCAACAUAACGCCCGUCAUCGGCCAAGGAGGGAAAAUACGACAUUUCGUCGCCAUCAAGCGACCUCACGUCGACAACAACAAUCAAGUGCUCAAGCUCAACAAGGAAGACAGAAGUGGUGUGGAAUGUUCUUACUCAGAGUGCCAUUCUCUACGCCACCGUGACAGGAGGAAAGACUCCAUGGAUGCCAGGUCGCUCAGCUCCCGAAGUAGCGACGCUUCCAGUUUACAGAAUCGGAGGCACUCGUCUGUUGCCAGGAUCCACUCCAUGACAAUUGAGGCCCCCAUCACCAAGGUGAUAAACAUCAUCAACGCUGCCCAGGAGAGCAGCCCGCUGACCGUGGCCGAGGCUCUGGAUCGUGUGCUGGAGAUCCUGAGGACCACGGAGCUCUACUCGCCUCAGCUGGCCUCCAAAGAGGACGACCCCCAUGCCAGCGACCUGGUCGGGGGGCUCAUGAAUGACGGACUGCGGCGGCUCUCUGGGAACGAGUAUGUUUUCUCCAAAAGUAAGCGUGUGGUCACGCUGCUUUAUCUUGUGCAGGCGCCCAGAUCACACAAAAAAAUGUCGUUUUUGAAUGUCAAACCCAGAAUCACACUGUCAGUGUUUGUUCCAGACAACAGCCAGAGCCAGCUCGCCAUCCCCAUCACUCUGAGCGACGUCCCUCAGUCCAUCGCAGACAUGCUCGCCGACGAGGAACACUGGGAGUUCAACAUCUUGGACUUGGAGGCGGCUACGCACAAGCGGCCGCUGACCUACCUCGGCCUGAAGAUCUUCACGAGUUUCGGCGUGUGCGACUUCCUGAACUGCCCCGAGACAUCGCUGCGUUCCUGGCUGCAGCUCAUGGAGGCCAGCUACCACUCAUCCAACUCCUACCACAACUCCACGCACGCGGCCGACGUGCUGCACGCCACCGCCUACUUCUUACGCAAAGAGAGAGUCAAGAGCAGUCUCGAUCAGCUGGACGAGGUGGCGGCGUUGAUAGCCGCCACCGUUCACGACGUGGACCACCCGGGCCGCACCAACUCCUUCUUGUGCAACGCCAGCAGUGAGCUGGCCAUCCUGUACAACGACAUGGCGGUGCUGGAGAGCCACCACGCCGCCCUCGCCUUCCAGCUGACCGUGCGCGACAGCAAGAGCAACAUCUUCAAGAACAUCGAACGGAACCAGUUCCGGACCCUGCGUCAGGCCAUCAUCGACAUGGUGCUGGCCACGGAGAUGACGAGGCACUUUGAGCACGUCAACAAGUUCGUCAACAGCAUCAACAAGCCCAUUGCGGCCAUCGAGGAGGCCAACAUGUGUAACAUGACCGGCGACUGCGAGGGUCAAGGGAACUCCCCGGAGAACCGUCUCCUGAUAAAGCGCAUGUUGAUCAAGUGUGCAGACGUGGCCAAUCCCUGCAGGCCGCUGGAGCUCUGCAUCGAGUGGGCGGGACGCAUCUCCGAGGAGUACUUUGCUCAGACGGAUGAGGAGAAGAGGCAGGGGUUGCCCGUGGUGAUGCCUGUUUUUGACCGCAACACCUGCAGCAUUCCCAAGUCCCAGCUGUCCUUCAUAGACUACUUCAUCACGGACAUGUUUGACGCCUGGGACGCCUUCGCCAGCCUGCCGGGCCUCAUGGAGCACCUGUCGGAGAACUACAAGUACUGGAAGACUUUGGACGAAAUGAAGUGUAAAAGCCUGCGCCUGCCGCCUCCAUCUUGACUGCAAGCCGCCGCCAUCAGCGACUCGUCCUGUCAUGCGCACUACCUGGCAUGUUGAUGGAACCCUGGAUGCAAACAUGCAGUCGUUUGCAUUUCAAGCUGGAGGUGCCACUAUCAGACCCCUCCCAUCGACAUUACGGCACCGCCAAGUGUUCACUUUUUUCACAUUUUUAAAUCUCUCAUCCUCCUCUUUAUGGUUGCCAUUCCCUUCUAAAGAUGGCUGAUUUGAAAGAGGCUUUCCCUCGGAUAGUGAAGUGACGUCUUCCCUCUAGCGGCUUAAUCGAGUACUGCACCCACAGGCGGAAAACAGGAGGCAAGUGCAGACAUGCACGUUUUUUCAGCUGUGAAAUCGAUGAGAGGAGGAUCAUCCUAAUAAUUGAAAGGAAAUCGAUUUCAAAUCCAGAAUUCCAUCAGGAAGUUCCUUGGACUAUAAGCAAAUCCUCGGAAACACAAAGUGUAGCCACAAGAUGCUGAAUUUAUUUUAUUACUCAAGAAAUGAUGGCAGCAGCUCGUCAGUUUUGGGGGCUUUUUAUGACAAUUUUAUUGGUCAAAUACUCCUCACGGGGCUGUGACAUCUCUGAAACUUAAAAAAAAUCAUUUCAUUUUCAGUCCGGUCACAGGUUUUCUGAAACAUGUCAUGGACCCUUUAAGGCGUCCUUGACAUGAUAUAUCAACAAAUUGCUUAAGUAUGUUGUAUAUUGUUUGUAAUUGUGUUCUACAUUGCGCAAUUUUUGAAAGCAAACGGUCCAUUUGCAAAAUUGGCAUUUAUAGUUUAUGGCGGCAGCCGUGACGAGCGCGCUCCCGCUGUUCAGCCUCAUUUCCGUACUACCACUGCUAUCACUCGGGCAAGAAACCAGAGGCGUAUGAGACAGAGGAUGUUUACAGUGAUUAUGGCCAAGAUUUGAGCCGUGGGAAAAGUGUUUAGAAGACGUUAUGUAAACAAGACGUGAUUUACUCUGUUCUGUGGCAACUUUGAUGACAUUCUUUUCCUGUGUACUGGCGGAAUAGCAUCCUUUUUCAGAAUGAGUUUAUUCCGUACUUUUAAGCUGAAUGCUUCUCGUAAAGGUGUUCCUUCAUAGCAGCCAUCAGUGGAAUGGUCACUGCAAAGAACAGAAGUCGAGGCAGGCAUCCAUUUCGCUCUCCUUCUCUGCACUUCUUACAGUGUCACUCGGGUACUACAGUAUGAACAUCCAGCAGCAACACAACCUUUUGGCACGACUACUAUUUGGAUAAAAAAUACACUGAACCAAGUUGACCAUCUACCUCGAGAAGCGUUUGUUUACUCUGCUUUAGCUGAGCGGCGUCGCCCCCGUGACAUCACUUCCAAAUGAGACUGAACAGCGAGAGCUAGUUUAUCAUGGCUGUCGCCAUCAACUAUAAAUAUAAAUGUAAUAAAUAAUACAAACCUAAUUUUGGUGAAUUUACCAUUAGCUUUCAAAAAUGGGAACAUAAUUCCAAACAUUAUAUAACAUAUUUAAGCAAAGUUGAUGAAUCUUGGCAGGGACACUUCAAUCUUAACUCACCUCCUCAUUUACAGAUCAGAAGAGGAUCUGUAAAUGACUUGUUUUUUAGUAUUUUUAUUCAUUUGCUUUGCUUGACAACUCUGCUGUUUUGUAACUUUGAAAACCUUUUUGUUCAUAAUGCAAUCUAGAGGAAAUAUGAAGGUCACUGUAUGGACAAAAGCAGUAGGACAUAUCUGACUUAGUCAAUCAGAGGAUGGAUUGUUGUCUCUGAAUCUUAAACAUUCAUUUGAAGACAUUUUGAAUAACAGAACCAACUUCCAGUUCACUUCCUGUGUUUGUCCAAAAUCGUGUUUUUCUUUUUAAUGCUGUCAAACAAAUGCAAGCGACAAUUAAAAGGCCGACGUAAGACAUCUCUCUGGUGUUCGGCACAUUGAAGCCCCUAAAAUCCUUCUAGAAAGAGCCGUGAAACGGGCCCUGAAGGUCUGAAGGUGCUUAAGCACUUGAACGCUGCUAAGAUCCCCACAAACCUGCUGAGGUGAGGCC